UCGAAUCUGAAUGCGGCAAAUGCGCCUGCGACGUCCUCGUACUUGACCCCAUAUAACAGGCCUCCAGAGCGCGUCCUCUUGUCUGUAACAACAUGUCCGCAAUCGCCAAGACGUGGACCCUGGAGGUCUCGGACAGGGAGCGCCUUAUCAAGGCUGCGUUCGAAGCGAGGGAGUUCGCGUAUUGCAAGUACUCAAACUUCCGCGUCGGGGCUGCUCUGCUGGCCGCAGACGGGUCGAUCAUCAAAGGCGCGAACAUCGAGAAUGCGUCGUAUGGUGGCACGAUAUGUGCUGAGCGGACGGCGAUAGUGAAGGCAGUGAGCGAAGGCACACGCGCCUUCGUUGCACUGGCGGUGACGACCGACGUCCCGUCUGCGAUCUCACCAUGCGGGAUCUGUCGCCAGGUCCUCCGUGAAUUCUGUGCACUCACAAUGCCGGUGCUACUCGUCCCAUCGAACUACGACAAGCUCGUUGCGGAGGGGAAGGCAGAUGGCGGCGUGUUGGAGACAAGCAUCGACGAACUACUGCCGCAUAGUUUUGGGCCAGAGCAUCUCGAACUGCCCCGAAAGCCUUGAGGUCAAGCGAGCCACAGAUUCGUGCCCGUGUGAAGGCCAGGAGGAAAGUGAGAUCGAUAUGUGUACACUAGAAUAUACAAUAAGAGUACAACCAUCCGCAGAUAUGAA